CUGAUUACGACGCCCGAAACCACAAAAGUGUCCGCGGUAGCUCUCAAAUUACCAGAGAAUGAUAUUGUGGAGGAGGUCAACUGUUUUGUUGUGACCCGUUGUUCGGUGAGUAAAACAUGAUGUAGAUUACAGUACAAUGACUUAAGGUUUUUUUUUUUUUCUUGAAUGAAAAAAAAAGUUGUUUUUAUGUGAUCCCUAUCAAUCAUAAUUAUGUUAUGUACAUUGAUGUGUUUUUCAGGAUGGCGUAGUGCGUGGUUUGUUAUAUAAACUUACAGGACAGGAAUUUGAAUUGGACUUCGAGGUAAUAUUCUUAACUAUGUCAUUUUUAUAAAUGGUUAUCCUUUUACAGGAUGUUUCUUAAAGCACCAUCUUGUAAUUACUAUACCGUGCACCACUCUGAAAUACAAUAUCUGUUUUUUAAAUUAAUCAGAAAAAAAAACUUUUCGAUAUUUAUCUCUUCCCUACAUUAAAUGAGCAUAGUCGUACCAUGAAUUAAAUGGGCCGUGCGAGCGAGGUAACCGGGAAACAGAGCUCUUUCUGUAAUGUAAUAACAUAUUAUAAUCCUGAAAUUUUUUAAUUUUUUAAACGAAAUAUAUUAUUAUAUUAUAAAACGUUAAAUGUAUUAUAGUUUAAAUUUUUUAUUCUUAUAAGGUUAUGUGUCCAACUUAAUAUAAUGUGUUUUUAAUUUCUUUAAUGAAUUAUGCGGAAUAAAAUUUAAUGUCAAUAUUGAUAAUAAAUUAAUAAGCUAAUUGUUUGCUGGCAUCAAUUAUAUUGAUAUGUAUAUUACAAUUAGUGUACCUAUAAUUCAAUUCUAUAUUUGUUUUGAUAUGAACUAAUAUAAUGAUAUUGUUAUUAUUUAGUUAUUGAAACCAGGGUCUAUCGUUGUAUGUGAUAACCAGCUGUUUACCAUCAAAACCAAUGAUACUUCGUUCUGCCCUCUUUUCUACACGCAAAAAAUUAUAGAAAAACGUAUACAGGAUAUAGAAAAUAAAAAGUCGAUCCGCAAUAAUAAAUGA